CAGUGUUUUUUUUUGCUUUCUGACCACAAGUAUUGUGGUUAAUGCAGACAUGAUUCCUUGUAAAGGUUUAAGUUUAGUGUUUUAGCAUCUUAACACUUGUUUAGUUGCCAAAAAUGGGGAAAACCCUAUUAUAUUUUGGUACUGGCAAAGGGAGGUCCCAUGAUGUAAAAUAACUACUUUUGUGGUCUUUAACAAGUGACAAGUGAAGACCAAAAAGUGAGGAAGAAAAAUCACUGAUUGCACUCCCCAAAAAACAAUCACAGACACUGAUAUGACGGCUGCUGAAUAAAUAUGAAUACUAAAUUAACGAACUGAAUAAACUAAUUCAAAUGACGGCCCACUGGUCAUUUAUGUAACACAUCACGUGUAAUUGAAAAAUAAAGAUUCUUUUUUGCAUAUGCGACUGAGUGAUGGUUUUAAUAUCUAUUGGAUGUUGUGCAACAACUGAUUUGAACUAUUUUGGAAUGUGCAGCAUUAACGCACCUUAGCGGCAACAAUUCCUCAUUACAUUUCCAAAGGGAAUGUAUUAUGAAUGGUGUACUUUUAGUUUCGAUUACUUGGAAGUAAAAACCCUUCGAAUUUUACCAGAUGUCUGGAUUAAGCAAGUUUUACAUUGAAGCACUUUUAAGCUAACUGAUUGCAUUUUCACACAACCAGUCCAAUAAUUAAUUCCCAAUGAGCCAAUCGUGAUUUUUGAGCUACAUUCUACAAAGGAUUGCAAUCAACAUAGGUUAAAUAUGAGCUAAUGCUCCUGUUAUUUGUCGUUGAAAAUGCACAAGCUUUAGAAAAAUACACAUGCCACACCUAUAACAUGAGGUUUAGAAUCUGAGGCUAAUGGUGAUGCACCAUAUGGAGGUUGCAUAUGUGUGCGUUUACGAUGAACAUAGCAAAGUAAAUAGAGUCUGCUCUUUCAAUGCAACACUGAUGGUUUUUUGAUAGCAUGAAUUGGUGUGACAAUGAACAUAUUUGACCACGUUGGAAGUGGAUUCAACCAGACAUCAAGUCUACAGGGCUACAAUGUUUACAUUACAGGAUGUAGAUAGCCAAUUGUCAUAAUUUUAAAAAAUAUAUAUCAUUUAUUCCAGAUACACCAGUUCUCCCACACUUAAAUACAAUCAGAAAUUGGUCAACAAUUUAAAGCGACAUACUCCAGAGUUUUGACACUUGCUAUCUGCAGUGAAUGCCUCUUCCCAUAUCUGCCAAAACUUGCUUGGUGCACCUGGAAUAGGCAAGUGGAGCUGGAGAUCCAUGCAAAAAAUGCCAAACGUGCCAGUGGAGGUGAUGCCUGUUCCAUGUGAUAUGUUACACUGCUCACUGCCAGGGCAAAUGUACAUGGCUUCCUUUGAGCAAAUUGGCUGAUUAUUGAGAUGGCUUGUCCCAUUAAAGUGCAGCCUCACUUUAUUUAUCUACAAUUGAAGAUUGCGGUUGCAAGAUCCACUGCUGUACGCUUGCCAAUGAGUAAUAACCUGAGGACCGGUAAGGUCAUUAACACGCAAUACUUAAAUUACAUCAUUAAAAAACGUGUUUUGCACUAGACUGCAAUGCUGUCUGAAUCUUUACAAAGUUUCAAAAAAAUGUAGAUGUUAUAGUGCCCCACGACUGUGUACAGCAGGUCUCAAUCACCCAAAUGGAACUAACAAACAUCGUGAUUAAUGAACCCCUGUCCAUCUGCAAUGUUCUCCUUACUACCAUAUUCGCCCAGCAAAUGUAUAGUGAUUGUGUGUUAAAUGCAGUUCCAGGUAGACAUUUCAACAGAACUGAAGUACUUUGCACUUCCAGAUUGAAAACAAAUCCCUCUUCUGCACUUGCAGUUUGUGGCAACGGGUUAAGCACGCUUGCUCAGCAGUAACGUGGGUACAAUGGUGUCUCGUUACCCGUUGUUAGGUCAUUAACUUGAACAAAUGGCUCUGCCUCAUCAACUCGAGCAAUAUUCUUGUUUUUACUCCCGGUUGUAAGCAGCACAAGAAGAAGAACUUUUACAAAAUGGUGAAUUUAAAAAAAAAUGUUUUCAGACUGCCAUCAUUCUUAUUGAGUACAAGUGCAUUCACUGUGGAUAGUAAGUUACCGCCAUAAUGUAGUUUUUUUUUGUUAGAUCGCGUAAAUAUAUAAAUGUGUCAUAAAAACCCGCCACCAGCUGACACAGCCAAAUAGUGAAGUUUGUCGCUUAAACAGAACAUGUCAGUUAAGUAGUACAGCACACCGGUGUGUUGGAGAGCAACGCCACAAUAUUUACAAUCUAUAGAGUAAGUUCCCUAUAGAGUAUCACUGGUAGAGCGAGUUAUUAUUUGACUGCUGAUUACAUUGUUACACAAUUUUUGUUCCUGGGUACUGUGUUAUUUAUUUAAUUGCUUAUGCCUCCUAAAAAGUAUAGAAAAUGGCUAUUAUUCCCCAGGACUUUGUGAACGAAAGACACAAAUACGUUUUCUCAUUGAAAAUAGGUACAUUUCUAAAUAUUUACCUAUCUUCGAGAGAUAAUGAUUUGAGGCAACCCACAACUGGGUCUUUAAAUCAGUUGUGGGUCAAGUUGCAUAACAUCUCAAGUAGUAUAAUUUGAAAAUGUAAUAUCACCUCCAUUACAAUAGCAUAUUACCGCAAUAAAUAACCAUGGUUUCUCAAUCCCUCUAUACCUAUUUAAAACACGUUUCAUGAAAUUACGGGGCUGCUUUGAAAAUACACAUUUGUCGUGUUGGUGCAUUUUGUUUGAUGAUGGCAGGGCUUGGAGGGUUCAACGCAGCAUGUCAGAGGGACAGCAGGGUGUUGUGUCUGUGAGUGCCGGAGAGGGAGAAACACAGCUCGUGACAGUGGAGCAGGCCAGGUGGUGACAACAGGUGGCCCAACCAUGGCGGUGGUGCAGCUGCCUGGCGGGCAGACGGUGCAAGUGCAGUCGGUUAUCCAGGCAGCACAGCCUUCUGUUAUCCAGUCUCCACAGAUACAGACCAUACAGGUGGCUGCUAUUUCCGAGGAGGCUGCAGAUGGCUCUGCUAUCUCACAGAAGCGACGGGAGAUCCUGUCCAGACGGCCCUCUUACAGGAAGAUACUCAACGACCUGUCAUCAGAUGGACCUGUGGUGUCCAAGAUUGAUGAGGAGAAGAGCGAGGAGGAGGGCACAGCUACCAUCAGCACCGUCACAUUGCCCACACCCAUCUACCAGACCAGCACUGGCCAGUACAUUGCAAUCGCGCAAGGUGGCGCGAUACAGAUCGCCAAUGGCGCGGAGGGUCUCCAGGCGCUGACCAUGACGAACACAGGCAACCAACAAGGGGGCGCCACCAUCGUGCAGUACGCACAGACCAGCGACGGGCAGCAGUUCUUUGUACCGGGCAGCCAAGUCGUCGUGCAGUCUGCAUCAGGCGAGACGUACCAGAUUCGUACUCCGACGAGCGGGCUCUCUCAGGGCGUGGUGGUGUCCGCGUCCCCGGGGGGCUUGGCCAGCCCCCAGGGGGGUGCCGAGGAGUCCACGCGCAAGCGCGAGAUCCGCCUCUACAAAAACAGGGAGGCAGCACGUGAAUGCCGGCGGAAGAAGAAGGAGUACGUGAAGUGCCUGGAGAACCGCGUAGCCGUGCUGGAAAAUCAGAAUAAGACCCUCAUUGAGGAACUCAAGACACUCAAGGACCUGUACUGCCACAAGAACGACUAGCACACACACACGCACCACCCACAAAACUCGCUAAACCCGGGUCCUCAUGGUAACCAUGGUCCCCAGCCUUGCCCUUGACACGAUCCGAAAGACUCCUUUUUUCUGAAUGCCCUUACCAGCCUAGAAGAAGUCUCGGUAGGUUUCAUCCAAAAAAACAAUGGUAGGGUGAGUUGCAAGCGCUUGCUUCACUUUUUGGCAUAUCGGCAGUUUCCACUGGAAUUCUCAGCAGAAAACUGCAGAUAUUUGGCAGUUGAUAUGGUGAAUGUUGGCUGUAAUUGCCUUUCUGCAAGCACAGAAUGGAUAAGAGAUAUUCCUGUAAUUGUCGAGGUAUACAAGGUAACUUUCCCAUCGCCAAAAAGUUAAAAGAAAACCAACAAAAUGUAAGUCUCUAUGAGCAACUUAAGUUAGAUUUUUGCUGGAUGAAGCAAACUGCUGCGCUUGGCCCAGUAAAAGAAGAUAGCUUAAAACCUAGUCUUGGGCAUAAAUGGUAAUGUAAAAAUGAUUUUAAAAAUAAUAAUAUUGAUGUAUUUGCAUAAAACUUUUUUGGUUUAUAUUAUAGGAUGUAAUGAAUAUAUAUAAAAAUGGUUCAUAAGAUUUAUAUUUUCUACUUUAUCUGUUCUGUAUUUUAAUUGGAUAGAAGAUAUUUGGAUGCCUCGCAUUUAUUUAUCCAUUUUUAGUGACGCGAUUAUUACCACAAUAGAAUGCCUGUUAAAUAGAAAGCACUGCAGUAAUAUUUGGCUUUUGAUAACAAGUUGCAGUGUUUCCAUUGACCGUUUAAGGCUCAAUAUGAUGGGUGCCCUUUCGUGAUUUGUAUGUUUUGUAAAAUCAACAAUACAUUUCGGCCAUGAGCAUUGGCAUGCAUUGGUUAUUUAAAAACACUCAUUUACAAUGAAAUAAAUAAAAACAUGCCUUUUGCAAAAUGGGUAUUUUUGUGCUGUUAAAUAGGCCCACAUUUUGAGGUAAACUUUUACACGGAGAUGUAUCCAUUUUUUUAAGUCAUAUGCAUGCCAUGGAGCCUCAUGUACAAACUUGAUUUUUCAAAGAAUAAUUAUGUAUCAGCAGUUCUAAGGAGCGUUCGUGAACAUUUAAACAAAAACACCAUAUACGCACGAGGUCCGUUAAUGUUGUCUUUGAUUAUUUGUGUCCCUGUGUUUGGUCCUCCGGCAGAUUCUGAUUGGACAAAGAUAAAUGUGCAUAUUUGUGACAAUGGAAAAAGAAGGAAAAAAAUGCCUUUACUAAUGUUAAAAAAAUUACAUUCCAUAUAGUUCUAAAAAUUUGAAGCUACGUGUGCACCGUCGCGCGAUGCGAUCGAAAUAUCUUACGGUUGUUUCGUUAAAGUAACAACAGUCUGUAACUCGCAACCGCGAGAUUUUGAUUUUGGGGACGAGUUUUUGUUAUGCAGACGACCCAAGUUUACCCGUAGUCCAUAGUACGGUGCAGGCUGUUGCAAAGGCCCACACACGGGUUUUAUUAUCGAUUUUCUUCAAUAAGGUUGAACCACGGAGAUGGGUGUAUGCAGCUGCAUUCCUUGAAAUGGAUUUGUAAGGUAAAUCAUGUCACGUUCCAUUCGUGCAAGAAUAAUGCAAUACAUGAAAUAUUUUGCAGGGCAUUGUAUGACGAUAAUUACCACAUUUGAUCCUCUAUAAAUGUAUGUGUUCACUUUGACGAAGCAUUCACAAGUGCUCAACUUUCUAAUGUUGCCCAAAGGUGAGGGUUAACUGCCAUGUAAAAUGCAUUUUAAUGAAACGUAUGUAUGUUGAACUACAUAGCUAACCAUCGUAAAUCUGGAAUUACAGAAAAGGCUUACAAACUAUCAAGUUUAAAAACAUAAUUCCAUAGUCAUAAGUACCAAUACGUUUUAAAAGGGAGCAUUGUAACAAUGUAAUUAAAUAACAAAAUCCCAACAAUAUACAAUGCAAUUUGUAUCACGAGUGCCUCUAAAUGCAGCUGCAUCUUAAGAAACAUGCUUAUAUAGAUUGACCCAAUGUAUGAAUCUUAGGCAUCACUUGAUUCUAUUCCCAGAAUUCUAAGAAUUCCUAACAGGAUUGACAUAAUCAGGGGAUUGAGGCUAGGCUGUUUGGAGCCCGCAUUGCAUUUGGACAAGGUGGAGCCUGGUCGGCAAUGUGUAAUUGCCAUUAUAAUGAAAUGAGAUUUUACUCGACAUUCCAUAGGAUUUCAAAGAGUCCCUAUUCUGUUUGAUGGCGAUGCAUGAAUUGCUAAUUACAUUGAUGGGGGUUCUGCUGAUGUCUAUGGAAUCGUCUACGGUGGAUUCACUCCAUUUACAUAUUCAUCAUGUGGCAGUGUGUGAAGACAAUUAGCUGACAAUACUGCUCAUGGCUACAGUGUUCUGAGUAGGAAUCUGAUGUCACAUUUUCAUGUUACCUGUGUAGUAUUUACCAAAGCUUUGCAUCUGUGAAUACUGAUCAUAACAAUUGCUGUAAAAGGUCACAGUGAAUGGAUACGUUUUUUAGAGGAUCGAACUGUGGUGUUUGCAAAUACCUAAUUACAUUGCCAUUUCAGAUAAAGAAAUUCAUUAUUUUGAUUGAAAUCACUUCUGUUUAGACUUUUAGCUUUAAGAAUGUUGUGUUAUCAUUGUGUUCAUUAUUUUAUUGUAUAUUACAAAUAUAUUAAAUGCUGUUUAGGGAAAAGUGGAUACCAUGUUGCAAAAAUUGCUUAAAUAUUUGUAAUCGACACUAAUUUCUGUAUUAUGUAAGAGGUUACACUUGUUCUGUGAAUAUGCGUAAUUAACUUCUUAGAUGGCAGGGGAAUAUAUCAAAUUGUAUUUUUAUUUCGGUAGCAUAAUCGGACAGUGUUCACCAUAAGCCAUACAAAUAUUACUCAGUACCAUUAAGUUGUAGUUAUUUGUUAUCCACUCGUUUGUACAUUUUGUAGUUGAAUGGUAAAUGUAAAAAGAUUUCACAUUUUUGAGAGCUUCCCCAUCGUGAUAUAGCCGCGGUUCUCAAACUCGCAAACCAAUCACAUACACUCCUGUCGACCAUUAUAUCAAUAGUACAAAUGUAUGCGAUACAAUAGAACAUCAAUGGAAAUGUUCACUGUAGAAGUCGGGGGGGGGGGGGGGGGGUUGGGCCUCCCAAAAUAUAACUUUCUCGUGAAAUAAUUUUGGACUUUUUAGAAUUAUUUUUUUUCGUUAGGGCUGAUCAUCUUUGAAAAUUAUCCAAGUGUUGCAAGCGUUGCGCUUCAUAGCACUGGUGUCGUCAUUAAUGCAAUGCUUUAAAAACAAUGGUUUUAUUGAACUACUAAACUUCAGCAUACAAAUUACUUAGAGUUGCCUGCGUCCUGAAACAAGGGCUGGAUUAAUACUGCUUAAUAAAACCCUGAUCUUCCCCAUUGCAUAUGCUGCAUCAACAUUGAUGAAAUGUACGUUUGCACUAUGAGAAUACAGUAUAUUUCAACGCUUAUUGCAUGAAGUGUUAGUUAUGUACUAAUGCGACUGAAGGGGGGAGGUGCUGUAAUUUAUUUGUGAAAAGGUGAUAUGAUUGUGUUAGUCGGUAGUGAUUGCAAAAGCUUUAACUAACUCUUAAAUUAUCUCUUAAAUGGAGUUCACAAUUCUGUUAAGAUUCUUUCGCCAGAAGCUGAGCUCUUCAGAAAUUCCGGUUUUGACAUGUUAAUAAUGAAAUUAAAACUGCAUACAGUACAGUGAUACAAGAAUCGUCAGCACUGCUGUGAACACAACCAUGCCCAUAUCAGCUGACAGGUGGUGUACAAUAUGCAAUGGUGGUUGAUUCACGCUAGAUUCAUAAACAAGCAAUUAAACCUUUUUUUUUUUUACAAAUUAAGUCCAUUGUAUAUUUUGAUCUGCUCUAGUGCUAUUGCGUUGCAACGAUGACAAUUUACUUUCUCAAGUUACAACCAUUUUCACUUUGCAUCCAUUUCUAGUUUGUACUGCUUUAUCCAAGACAUUCAAGUUAACAUUAAUCGCUCUUAAACGUUAAGUUAUACCUGCAUGGCAGGUCUUUUUAGUUUCGGCAUAUAACGAUAAUUAUUUGAAUUAUGAAACAAACAUGCUUCGGAAUUCACGUGCACAAUUGAUGAGUCUGUCAUGUCAUUACAAUUUUAAACACAAUUUUAUCGUCAUUAUUAUUCAACAUAACAUACCGUGCUCGUUGCAAGUACAUGGAGAUAAAGAUUUUCUACUCAAAAGGGAAAUUGAUUAAAGUUUGGUGAGGAAUCAAUUGGAAACUUGUGAUGGUCAAAUCCCAUUGAGAACCGCUGCAUUGGAGUAUGGUUACCCAUUGUCUCUACGUGUUAUGUUUUGUAUCCUCGUGUGUUAUUUUGUACUGCAUAUUACUUUUAAUACAACCCUUUUGUCACAA